GCCAACUGGCGCCUUGCAAGUGCAGGUACUGCGCGAUUUUAUGCUUUAAUUUAAUUUACUGCAAGUUCGCACAGCAUUUUGUCAGUAAUUUUUGAAAAAAAAAUAUAUUAUUUUCUUAUGCAUUUUUGUAUUACACUGCAACAGUUCAUUAAUGACAGUAAACAAUAGUUUUUGACUUAACGCAUGCUUUUGUAUGUUUUCGGUCAUUUAAUUAUAGCCCUAAGAUCUUGGUAUCGUAAAACUAAACACCUUGACUGGUGUCUUGGGAGCGUUUAUUCUGUGUUUGCCUCAUGUUCAGCACAAAAAUGUGGAAAAUCCGAGAGAUUACGGACCAAGUAGUCAACAUGGUGAUGAACUACACCGAAGUGGAGGCCAAAGUGAGGGAAGCGACUAAUGAAGACCCAUGGGGACCAACAGGGCCGCAGAUGCAGGAGCUCUCUCAAUACACGUAUAGUGCUGAGCAUUAUCACGAGGUGAUGAGUAUGCUUUGGAAAAGGAUGCUGGUUGAUAAUAAAACCAGUUGGCGUCGCGUCUAUAAGAGUUUAUUGCUCCUGGGAUAUAUGUUAAGGAAUGGCGCUGAAAGAGUGGUAACAUCGGGAAAAGAACACCUUUUUGACCUCCGGAGUUUGGAACAUUAUAAAUUCGUCGACGAAGUUGGAAAAGAUCAGGGCAUAAAUGUGCGCAAUCGCGUCAAAGAAAUGCUGGAUUUGUUGCAAGAUGAUGCGAGAUUGAGGGAUGAGCGCAAAAAAGCAAGGAAAUCGCGGGAUAAAUAUGUCGGUCUAUCGGCAGAUGAUGCUGCAAUGACUCGAAGAAGAGGGCAUCAGUCCUCCCAGUCAAAUCGUGCCUCUUGGUCUCCUUCGGAUUCUCCAACAUCAUCCAGGCGGCAACCGGAUAGUGAUGUCGAAGAGGAACGAGAUCCGCGAUACGAAUUUCACGAUGAAGGCGACGGGGAUGAUGUGGAAAAUCACGACAGAGAUAGUAACAGUAAUGGUCGCAGCAGUGGAACUAGCAGACCUUCGAAACAAAUUAAGCCGAUUGGAAAGCGUAUAGGCGCUGGGCAGGAGAAGAGUGAGCCGCACCCAAAGCCACGGGCUAGUGACUCGGAUGCCAGUAAGACAGAAGUUGAGCUACCUCGUCCUCCAUCGCAGCCGACAUCGCACGGCAAAGAUCUGAUGUCGGAUUUCGGUGACUUUGGAGAUGUGGCUGUGGAUGCGGGCAACAAUGUGGGAGGUAAACCACAGGAUGACUGGGCGGAUUUUGCUAGUUUUCGUGGUGCACCACCAGAAAAUAAAGCCAUUGAUGCGUCUCCCGACGAUUUCGUGGAGGGACUUACAAAACUGCAUUUUACAAAAAGUUUCAAAGCGCCUGGAGCGUCAGGUCCGGCAGAUUCCGAUUUGCUGAACGAAUUCGGAGAUUUCAGUAGUGCAUCUACUCCGUCCAUGGCUUCGGGACUUCCGGCCACGCAGCAAUACGGUGGUAUGCCACACUCACUUACUAUGCCUGCACUGGCUCCUCACGCUGUCACGCCUCAACAAGUGGCGGGUCUUUAUGCCAUGAAUGCUGGUAAUCCUAUGAUGGGGAUGCCUCAGAGUCAGAGUAUGAAUUUCCAGCAGAUGCAGCAGCGCCCGCCUAUGGGACAGCCAUCGACGAGGCCGCCAGUGAUGCCGGUUUUUGGGGCAUCUGCUCAGCCAAUGGGACCGAUUGGUUAUCAGUUUAAUUCUGGCCCGAGGUCCGCUCCUCCAACGCCAAGACAAGGGCCAACUACAGCCGUUUCGACGGCCCCCAGCGGCACGGUUAACUGGGGCAAUAAUAGUGGCGGGAAUGCUGGUCUGAAUAUUGAACUGGACCUGAAUCUUGCCAAGAACUACAACAAGCCUUAUUCACCGCCUAUGAAUCAGUUAAUUCAGAACCCGAGUAUGAGUAAUAAUCCUGCAACGGCUGUUCGUCCAGGGUUUCAGUAUCCUCCAAGUCCCGGAGUUCAGGGACAAGCACCAUUUGGAGCCUUUUCAGGGACCACUCCGCAGUUGGCAGGGAAUUCAGUUCUACCUCAACAGCAGCAACAAUUGCAGGCACAGUCGUCCAAGCAGCUGCCGUUUGGUGAUUUACUGUGACGGCCUUCUACUGAAGUAACUUAUUAAUUCUAAAUCGAACACUUUUAUUUCUUUUGUGUCAAAACCACAAAACCGUUUAGUGUGAAAUAGUAUAUUUUUACAGUUGUGGAAUCCCCGUGUUUUCAGAGUUUUAGCUUUAAAUAUGGAGAGUAAUGUAAACAGGAUUUUGCGAUAACGCUUUCCGCAUCGUUACACUGCAAGCUUGUGUUUGCUUCUUGCAGAAAGUGCUAUAUUAAUUUCCUUUUGUGUGUGUACUUCAAUUCUGCACGCGAUUUUUUUCUAGUGUGAAUCUUUUCUAUUUACUUGGUUUGAUCGGUUGCUUCGCUCAUUCCAUCGGGGACAUUCAUAAAUUUUUCAUUCUUUCA